UACGUUAUCUUGGUCAAACAUUGAAAUUCUUGAUUAAUGUUUAACUACAAGAAAUAUACUCACUUCAAGCAAAGGAUCAGUUUCAGGUUUCAGGCCGAAGUGUCUUGAUGACUAGAAUUCAGGUUCCAAGCAGAAGCCCACAGGGCCAAGGGUAUUGGAUAUAACGGAAGUGGAAGCUUUACCUGACUUUUAGAGAAUGUGGACCGGAUAUCAGAUCUUAAUCUUCUCUUAUCUUACUACAGAAAUCUGGAUGGAGAAGCAGUAUUUAUCUCAAAGAGAAGUGGAUCUAGAAGCUUAUUUCACUAGGAAUCACUCCAUUUUGGAAGGUGCUCGAUUCAAAAGAGCCAUUUUCCAAGGGCGAUACUGUAGAAAUUUUGGUUGUUGUGAAGACAGAGAUGAUGGCUGUGUCACUGAGUUCUACGAGGCAAAUGCAUUGUGCUACUGUGAUAAAUUCUGUGACAGGGAAAAUUCUGAUUGCUGUCCUGAUUACAAGUCCUUUUGCCAUGAAGAGAAAGAAUGGGAUCCUCACACACAGCCUUGGUAUCCAGAAGGUUGCUUCAAAGAUGGUCAACGUUAUGAAGAGGGAUCAGUAAUUAAAGAAAACUGCAACUCCUGCACAUGCUCAGGACAGCAAUGGAAAUGUUCCCAGCACGUAUGCCUUGUUCGUCCAGAAUUAAUUGAACAGGUCAAUAAAGGAGACUAUGGUUGGACAGCACAGAACUACAGCCAAUUUUGGGGAAUGACUUUAGAAGACGGUUUCAAAUUUCGCCUUGGCACCUUGCCACCUAGUCCCAUGCUCCUGAGCAUGAAUGAAAUGACAGCUUCUUUACCUGCAACAACUGAUCUUCCAGAAUUUUUUGUUGCUUCUUAUAAAUGGCCUGGAUGGACACAUGGCCCAUUGGAUCAAAAAAAUUGUGCUGCAUCCUGGGCAUUUUCCACUGCAAGUGUGGCUGCUGACCGAAUAGCAAUUCAGUCUAAGGGAAGAUACACAGCCAAUCUAUCCCCUCAGAAUUUGAUCUCUUGCUGUGCCAAGAACCGUCAUGGAUGCAACAGUGGAAGCAUUGAUAGGGCUUGGUGGUACCUGAGAAAACGUGGGCUGGUAUCCCAUGCAUGCUAUCCACUUUUCAAGGACCAAAAUGCUACCAAUAGUGGAUGUGCCAUGGCAAGCAGGUCUGAUGGACGAGGAAAACGGCAUGCCACAAAGCCAUGUCCCAACAACAUAGAAAAAUCUAACAGGAUCUACCAAUGUUCUCCUCCAUACAGAGUCUCUUCCAGUGAAACUGAGAUAAUGAAAGAAAUCAUGCAAAAUGGGCCAGUUCAAGCCAUAAUGAAAGUCCAUGAGGAUUUCUUCCAUUAUAAGACAGGAAUAUAUAGACAUGUUACCAGCACAAAUAAAGAAUCAGAAAAAUUUCAAAAGCUUCAGACACAUGCAGUCAAACUCACUGGAUGGGGCACACUGAGAGGAGCACAAGGGCGGAAAGAAAAAUUUUGGAUGUUUCAGAUGGCUUUGAUUUUACCUCUUGAACACAGCUGAGAAGAACUGGGAAGAGCGUAAGUUACAAAAUUUCAUUUGACUUCAAAGAUUAUCAGGAGGCUUAACAAGUUCUCCAAGUUGACGUGGAAGAAAAUUUUAGAUUAGUGCCCAGCACAUUUCUCAUCUUCAAGUAAUUUGGUUAUUAUUAUUUAGUUUUAAUAACAAUUGCCAUGGCAAGUAGUAUAAGAAGGUUAUUAUAUGUUUUGGUAAUGUAGCCAGCACUAUGUUAAGUAAGGUAAGGGACUUGAGAUGUACUCUACCUUUCUAUUAAUUCUCACAACAUGUCUCCCUUAAUAGUAACUAUUUUACUGAUGAGAAACAUGAGGCUAAGUAACUUAGCACACUUGAUGUGACCUGUAUGUGACGGGCUAGGAUUUGCACCUGGGUUUGCCUUAUUUUAAAUCUGAUGUGUCUAAUCACUUUGAUAUACUAUAUCAGAAAGCAGGGAACUCUAGAUCUUUUGUCUUAUGAGGGCUUAGUAUGAUUAUACCUCUUUGUUAUUUCUCCUAAUAGCUUUCUACACAUAUUUACCAUUGAAGUAUAUUAACUUAGGAGGUGUUAACACUGAAGAGCUCAUCCAGACAUUACUGGCUGGUAAUUCACUUGGACUUUGACCAUCUCACAAACUAGUUCUGACUCAGAUCACAUGAAUCAAACAUGCAUGUACAGAACAUGCAAUACUGCAAAAUCUUCUCUCGUUCUUUAUCCAUUUGCCCUUUCCUUCAUUUUCCCCUUGAAAUAUUAUGUGCAAAGUAUUUUUCUAUGCGGAGAGGAACUUAUGUGUUGCAAAGUCCCCAACUGUCCUCAAGGAGCUGAGACUGUAUCGCCAGAGAUGGCCCAUCAAGUAACUGUCAUGCAAGCACUACAGAGAAAUAUUUUAUUUAAAACCAAAACUUACCCUACCACUUUCUGCCUUCUGAGAUGAGUAGCAGGAUUUAUGUCAGCAAAAACCCAUAUCUACCUGUUGCUUUGUUUCUCAUCCAGAAGCUGAUGGAAGAAAGAGCUACAGAAAUGUAUCUGCUAGUCAUUCUUUGCUGAUAAAAGAAAAAAUGGGUCCUUUACUAGAGCAGUCAUUCAUGAGUCUUUGCCUCUGCAAAAGUGAACCCUGCACCCAUUAGUUGAUGAAGAACUAAAUUCCUCAGCCUUAAAACAUGGAAAGGAAUUGAGUUUUCUAGCAGAGUCCGAGGGUGUUAAGGCCUGGGAAAACAGAGGUAUGAGGAGAAGACUGCUAAGAAGUGGGGGUUAUGCAAUACGUACCCAUGGAACUCCUUUAUUGCCCUAAAGCAUCAGUCAGUGUGCCUAUAAAGUGCUCUGAAUGCAAUUGAUAUCCCUUUUUGGGAAGAGUAGACAAAAGAACAGAAUCACAAAAAAGUAAGCAAAUUGCUCACUGAAGUCAGCACUGAAAGGAAGGAAAGAGCGUGGGAUGCAUAUGGAGCUAAAAGUUCACCUAAAACAGAAAUUCGGCAGAAGUAGCCACGAGAGCUUAGGCCCUGGGAAAACACACAGGAGUGUCUGUGGUGGGAUUAUUAGAAUACACACUGAAUGUGGAAUGAAAGACAUAUCAACUUUAUUUACAUUGUAGAGUACAAGCUGAUCUUAAAUGACAAAUACAUAUUAUAGAUGGUAUGUGCCAAAGGAGAGAUAUUAAUAAGGUACUGUAUCCAGGAGCACAAAAGUAAGUAAUGUCCUUUAGACCAUAGCUGAGACAGUUGUAAAGGUAGGUGUGGUCUAUAUCAGAAUGAGAUUCUAGAAGUCCUGGUGGACUCCUAGUCCCAGGAGCCAGCUUCACCAGGAGAAGCUAGAGAAGGAACAACUGCUAGGUGACAAGGUGACAGGCCCUUUAUAGUUCUGCAAGAAGAUCAUUUGUACUUCACAGGAAGGUGGGCUGAAAAUUUAAGCAACAUUUUUAGAGUGUGGGACAAGGUAACUUGUAUAUGUUGGAUUAAAUGCUGAUUAUAAAAUGCCUUUUUUUAAGAGGCAUUUUGCUCAUUCCCAGCAGUUGUGAUGUACAAAUUUUUAAUUUUUAUAUCAUGCAAAUAUGCAAAUGAGGGCUCUUGCCUGACUGCAUAAAGAUAAUUAAUGGAGUCCAGGAACUUAAAUAAGGGGAACAAAUUGCAUCUUCAUUUUCACUAACGUCUACCUCAAAUUUAGCCACUUCAUUAAUUUUGAAUAUAAAACCAAACUUGUUUAAAAUUAAGCAAUGCUUGUGACUUUGUCACCCAAAGAAGUAUACAUAUCCUGAUAGCUCAUUAAAGUUAUUGCAGUACGUUAAAAUAUCAUUAGUGCUCAUUGCUACUUUGAAAAUAUGGCAUUAUUAGAUCUCUCACUAGAUAUGUCAUUUAAUAUGUUAAUGAACAAACAUAUAUUUUUAUUUCAAUAAUAGAAUUUCAAUAUAACUAGCUUCUUUGUCACCCUCAAAAUUAUAUUAUAUGCAUUUAAAACCUCAUCCUGAGAAGAGGUCCAUGAUCUUCACUAGAACACCAAAGGCGUCCAGUGCACAAAAGGUUGAACUCAUGGACAAAAGCAUUUAGUUUAUUCAAUUUUCUAAUUUUUUUUUGAGAUGGGGUGAAUAACUCAUUAGGAGAGUGAAGGCUGCAUAACAAUUCUCAUUAUCCAUUUUCUCCUUGUAGGGAAAAAGAGAAAGUGUAGGAAGUGGGGAAUGUUGAGUCUUGAGGUAGGAGCCUAGAUUCAUUAACCUGAUGAAAAUUGAGGGACCUGGAGCCAGGGCUUGUCUGCAUGGGAUCAGUGCUGCAUCCCAGCAGUGAGUGAGGACAGGCACGCUCCAGCAUCAGAAGGUACUAAGAGAAUUGUGGAGAGAGUUCAGACCUAAACUAGCUCAUGUUCCACAUUAGGCCUAAUUGUGCCUGAUACUUUUUUAUUUUCCUUUAAUGUCGAAGUGUAUGUGAAUAUUUGUUUUCACUAUACAAAUAGGCUGCAAUAGUUGAUUCUUGAUAAUCUAGAUAAAUAUUUGAGUUAUAUAGUCUGAAGACCCAAUGUAUUGUGAUUCAUCUUAAUUUGUUAUUGAUAAAGUUGAUGCUUUC